AUGUUGUCCAAUAGCAGUGCAGCUCCCUUCUUGCUGACUGGCUUCCUGGGUUCAGAGGGAAUUCACCACUGGAUUUCUAUUCCCUUCUUUGCCAUCUACCUUUCCAUCCUUUUUGGCAAUGGCACACUUCUCCUCCUCGUUUGGAAUGACCAUAGCCUUCAUGAACCCAUGUACUACUUCCUGGCUAUGCUGGCAGGCACAGAUUUUGGAAUGACACUUACUACGAUGCCCACAGUCCUGGGGGUUCUGUUGCUGAACCAGAGGGAGAUUGCUCAGCAAGCCUGUUUCACUCAGUCCUACUUCAUUCACUCACUGGCCAUUGCAGAAUCGGGGAUCUUACUUGCCAUGGCCUAUGACCGUUUCAUUGCCAUCCGCACUCCACUUCGGUACAACUCCAUUCUGACCAAUUCUCGUGUGAUGAGGAUAGGACUCGGGAUGCUGGCAAGGGGCUUUGUAUCUAUCAUGCCCCCAAUUUUGCCUCUCUAUUGGUUUCCAUAUUGCCGUUCCCAUGUUCUUUCCCAUGCUUUCUGCCUCCACCAAGAUGUCAUGAAACUUGCCUGUGCUGAUAUCACAUUUAAUCGCAUAUACCCGGUCGUUCUGGUUGCUUUUACUUUCUUCCUAGAUGCUCUGAUCAUUGUCUUUUCCUACAUUUUAAUUCUUAAGACAGUAAUGGGCAUCGCCUCUGGGGAGGAGCGAGCUAAGGCCCUCAACACUUGUGUCUCCCAUAUUAGCUGUGUCCUGGUAUUUUACGUCACUGUGAUCGGCCUGACUUUCAUCCACAGGUUUGGGAAACAUGCGCCACACGUGGUGCACAUCACCAUGAGCUAUGUCUACUUUCUCUUUCCUCCACUCAUGAACCCUAUUAUAUACAGCAUGAAGACCAAGCAGAUUCAAAGAAGCAUCAUUCGCCUAUUUUCUGGGUGCAGUAGGGCUUGA